CCUCCUCGACAGUUACGAAUUUCAUGCUUCUCCCUUCCCACUGCCAGUGGGCAAUGGGUAAUAUUCAAUCGAGAGCGAUGCACCUUUUUAAGUAUUUCUCGCUGCGCGUCGAUUGGCGUCUCCCGUGUUAUGCAUCACAUCUCGCGAUCACUGCACCGAGGCCGUGUCUAACCCCCUUCUACCUCCAUUUAUGUGUCCUGCAGAGUCAAGCAUAAUCUCGUCUCGCCAAUGGCUGGACGUCUGGCGGCCAUAAGUCGUGCGAGACCUUCCCAACAUGGUGCAUAGCGAUAUCACGAGCUUUAGUGGUGGCUGCAAAGUGGGCCGACAACGAAAAAGCCCGUCUGACUUGAACUGUCUUGAACGCUCCAGCCCGCGCCCUGCCGGCUCUCGACUACUCUCCUUGCCCGCUCAUAAGCUGCCGGCGUGCCAUGGAGUUCGCAAGCUCGUCGUCCAGCAUGUCCUCCAACCACUACGACGUGGUCAUCGUCGGCGCCGGCAUCGCAGGCUGCGCGCUCGCCCAGGCCCUCUCCACCCUCAAGCGUCCCGCGCCCCUCCGGAUAUGCCUCCUCGAACGCUCGCUCGCGGAGCCGGACCGCAUCGUCGGCGAGCUCCUCCAGCCGGGCGGCGUCGAGGCGCUGCGCAGGCUCGGCAUGGCCGCCUGUCUCGAGGGCAUCGACGCUAUCCCCGUGCGUGGCUACUGUGUCGUGCUCGACGGCAAGCCCGUGCACAUCCCCUACCCGGACGGCUACGAGGGCCGCAGCUUCCACCACGGCCGCUUCAUCCAGUCGCUCCGCAAGAAGGCGCAGGCGGCGUUGGGCGUGGAGACGGUCGAGGCGACGGCGUCGGAGCUGGUCGAGUGUCCGACGACCGGGCGCGUGCUGGGCGUGCGCGCGACGCGGAGGGCCGAGGGCGGCGAGCAGGCGGCACAGAAGGAGACGUUCCUGGCCGACCUCACGAUCGUCGCGGAUGGCUGCUUCUCGAACUUCCGGAAUGCGGUUUUGGACGGCGCAGGCAUGAAGCCCGUCACGAAGAGCCAUUUCGUCGGCAUCGUGUUGGAGGACGCGGAGCUCCCCAUACCGAAGCACGGAACGGUCGUCCUGGUGAAGGGCCAUGGGCCCGUCCUUCUCUACCAGAUCGCGGGGCACGACACACGGAUGCUCGUUGACCUCAAGACCCCUCUUCCCUCUGAUAUCAAACAAGUAAUCCUAGACGAGAUUGUACCACAACUCCCCACCACACUCCAAGACCCAGUUUCCACUGCGCUCUCAAAAGACCGAAUCCGACGCAUGCCCAACACAUUCCUUGCGCCGGCCGAGCAGGGCCAGCGCACGAAGGAGGGCGUCUUCCUCGUCGGUGACUCGUGGAACAUGCGGCAUCCGCUCACAGGGGGCGGCAUGACCGUUGCGUUCAACGACGUCGUUGUCCUGCAGGAUCUCCUGCGCGAGGUGGACGACCUCGGUGACUGGCGCGAGAUCUCGCAUGUACUGCACCGGUGGCACUGGCGGCGGAAACAGUUCGCGUCGACUAUCAACAUUCUCAGUGUAGCAUUGUAUGACCUUUUUGGAGCCGAUGACGAGGCCCUCGAGGUUCUGCGGAUGGGCUGCUUCAAGUACUUCGAGCUUGGCGGUGACUGCGUCCGCGACCCCGUAUCUCUCCUUGCCGGGUACCAUCGAGCAAUCGACGCUCAUGCUCGCGCGUCACUUUUCGCCGUCGCUCUGUACGCCAUCUGGGCGAUGUUCACCCACCCGCGGCGGAUCGUCGUCGACGAGAAGGCGGUCUACGUCAAGCCGGGCUUCGAGGAGUACCCCAUGUUAUUCGUCAAGUGCAUCCGCGUGUUCUGGACGGCGUGCGUGGUGUUCCUGCCGCUUGUGUGGACGGAGAUUCGGUGGUGGUAAGCACCUAGACCACAUCAUAGAAUGAGAUCUAGAGGGGGUUUGCUCUGCACGCGUACAUGGUAGAAUACUUGUUCGUUUUAGUUGUUGUCGAUACCGGGCGCGCCGUUGCUCCAUCUUUCAUGGACUAUGACUUAUAUUCUUGCUUCUGACGAGGAGUAGAUUUCCGUCUCAUAUACAUAUAGACUUGCACACCGGACGAGACAUCAGACGGGCUUCGAAGCUCGCGGGAAGGACGCGUCGCGACGCGCUGGCCAGUGAGUCAUGUG